AACUCUGGCAUUCAGGAAAUAUACACUCAAGAAACACGAAUCGAUCCACAUCAGUAGGAUUGUACGAGGGGGUUUAUAUUCCCUUUUUUGCUCCCCCGUUCCGUGGUCAAAGAACUAACACACGCUCAUUGCCUCUCGGAGCAGAGCUAUUCUCUUAUCGUUCCCUUCUCGUCGUGCGAUUCCCCGUCCAAUGGAAUACGAAUAUUGAUAAGACGCAUUUGUCAUCUCGAUAUCUUUCCCCGCUUUACACGAGAGAAAAUCGGUUCAACAUAGGAACUGGGUAGCGUAGCGGCAGUGAUAAUUUGGUCUUCUUCGGCGAGCGCCUUGGGAUUGAUCCGGAUGAAGGAUUUGAUCAUGCAACUGUGGCGCAUCUCUUCAUCGCCCCGUCGGGAGCACGAAUUUUCUUGCGACGGAGCCGGAGUCCCGUCAGCGAGAACUGACCUCAGGGGAGCGGGCGCCAAGCAACAAGUGCGGGCGAUCCGACGGAGCAUGGAGCACGUGUGGAAACCGGGAAGAGCGGUAAUAUCGAAAGAGAGACUGUUCCUUUUUUCUGAAAUAAGAAUAUAUCCUGCUGGUCCUCCCGCCAUAGGUUGAGCUCGACCUACCAUCUGACACAGCAGCAGCAAGGAGAAUCAGCCUCAGGCUUGCUUUGAACUUGGCUAUUUCUCAUCCACACAAAAGCCAGUGUUAGAGCCUGGUAAGGUCUCGGGACCGACAUAUCCUUACUAUAUACCCGAGUUAAGCUGCGAGAACAAUGUGCGGCCAAGCGAAGGUCACGCGCAAGUAUAAGGACUAUCUUGACGGCAAGCCGCAUGUCAUACGACUAUCCUUUGGAUGAAAGAUGCAACCACCCCAGCAAGGAUGCACCACAGUGCCUGAGCAUUAAGUUCCCUGUCACUGCUGCUCGCCCUGAGUGUGCUUUCGACCGAGCGCAGCAGCAAACCCGAUGUUUCUUAAAGUAUCCCGCAUGUUACGAUGAGCGGCAGUUAGUUGCGGCAGCCAGUUGUCGUAACACUCUACAAUAGGGGCUAACUAGAAUUUAUCCGGCAACAGAUGGUUAAUAGCGGCUUCUUGUGUCCGUUAUCAUAUUUGUCUCCUGCCAACCACGCCCCUUCAAACCUAUGCAUUCGCUGAAUUGUCCAGUACAGGUAGUUGUAGGACAUGUGCUGAAUUGUGCGUACGUGCGCGCAGGGCUAAUGCUACAGGCAUUACAACCGGCGCUUCAAGCUGUCGGCCACCUGUCGCAGUGAUGGUGAACUAUCCAUAUAUGUCUAGCACCGGCGGAUAACAGCCUCGGUAG